AUGGAGUCCCUUGUUAGCCCAGUCGAUGUGUCAGUACUGGUGUCAGUUGCUACUGAUAAAGGGGCUGAUGAUAAACCGUCAUUUGCAACUGAACGCCGAGUAACCCCAUCAUGGACGGUCUCACAGUUGAAAGGAAAGCUUGAAACCAUGACCGGGAUCCCCCCAGGCAGCCAACGAUUGAUGUUAAAGUCCCCAGGCCGUGAACACCAAUGGAUGGAUGGUGAUGACAAAGUUAUUAGUGUAUGGAACCUUGCAAAAGGCUGUGAGAUUGAGAUCCAUGACCAGCGCCCUGCUGCCGCGCGCCCAAACUUUACUGAUGUUUCAACAACUGAGAAAUUUGAGCUUUCUGACUCGACCUACGAGUCAUUACCAAACAGCGUUCUUGCAUGGAAGAAAGCUCAGAAGCUUGGACGUUUUGAUCCAAAUGCAGCAUCCCCAGAAGACAAAGCAAGAGAACAGGUAGAGAAAGAUAUCAACGAGAUCAAAACCAAAGGAAUUAAAAUCUCUGAACGGGCUAUAAUACUCCCGUCAACCCCGCCACAUAUCCGUAGAGGAACGAUUAGAUUUGUUGGCCCCGUUUCUGCUAUCAUAUCACCUCUGAGUAAAACUUAUUCAGGAGAAAUACCCGAUGAGCUGGCGCCGAUAUGGGUUGGUAUUGAACUUGAUGAGCCCACGGGCAAAAAUGACGGUAGUGUGAAUGGACAGAGAUAUUUCACAUGCCCAAACAACUGCGGCUUAUUUGUUAAACCCGAGAAAGUUGAGGUCGGCGAUUACCCGCCUCUGGGGUUGGAUUUGGAUGAGGACAUGGAAGAGAUUUAA